CAGGUGUCUCGAGACCAUGAGAGCCAUGGCAGCAAGUCCACGGCUCCCACCCAGGCUCACCCUGGGGCAGGCGCCCACAUGGAAGGGCAGCUGGACCCACAGCACCUGAACUGCUUUCCCAGCAUGCUUUCCCUGCGCCUGUGGGAUUUGAAUUCACACGAGGGCAAGUUUGCCUGUGAUGCUGACUCCUGCAUUUCCUCUCUCUGGGCCUCAAGAUUUAAAGGAUUUUAUCGGUCAAACAGCACUGCCUUUUACCAAGUCAUCAUUUAUGAAGUAUACCUUUCUCCCUAUUUCAUGUACUGCCGAGUUGCACAUACCUAGCAGUUAGAGCUUCUGAACAACAUGACAAAUAGGGUUCCCACCCUGGAGUGGUUUAAUGGCUCCAAAACCCAAGACACUUGCCCCUUGAGCCAGGCGUUGCGGAGGGGAUGAUUUGUGAGGUGUUACUUGAAAUCCUGAAAAUGACUUUAGGAGAUUGCUAGCCUCGGGGAACCCAGUAUGAAAACCACUGACCACACUCCUCCUCCCUGAGCGGAAAUCCUCCGGAUCAGAGUCCUUCCCUCUCAGGGUCUGAGAGAGCAGGGCAAGGAGGCAAGGGGAGGAACCGCCGUGUGUCAGGCCUGGCGUGAGAAGCCCUACAUACGUUAUUUAUCAUUUAAUCCUCAGUCCUCUGAUUUUCUGAGCAGGUCAGCAUUCCUGGCCCCAUUCUGCAGACACGAAAGCAAAGACCCAGGGAGCUUACGUGACUUGUCCACUGGCCCCGGGGCUAGAAGGAGGUGGAGCCAGGACCCGUGUGACCCUGCAGCCCCACUGUCACUGCCACCCUCCGCUCCGGGACUCUGUGGGCUCCGUGGAAUGGGGAAACCUCAGUGGGCCUUUCACCCCUGGCCCCAGGGAGGGCAUGGCCUUUCCAUUUAGCAGAGAUCCGCCCCCUCCGUCUCCUUCAUAAGUGCCUUUCGAACAUCUUUUCUGAGGAACAGCCAAGCCUUUGUACCUCCAUGGUCUGCAGUUUCUUCUCAAUCCGCCUUACAGAGACUAUGUUCCACUCUCCUUAGAAGUAAAUUAGGGCACUGCGUGGUGAUGGGCUUAGCGUCCAAAAGGCUCCGUGGGUGGGUGGAGCCAACACCCAGAUCCAGGCAGCGAUUGGAGGUGCCAUGUGUCUGUCACUUUUGUCUGGCCAAUUGGCCGUGGAGGUGUGUCCCCACAUUCAGGAGCCCCUGUGGCUGGUGGAGCUAGCAGUUGUUGGUCUUUUGAUUUUAGCCUGGCCGUGGGCGAUGACGCAGGAGGCCGUCUCUCUGGCCACUGGGAAAUAAAAUGGCAUAAGAGGUGUGAAGACGAGCCUGAAUUUUGGAGGAAAAUGGAUGAAUGGGGCGAGGGAAUUAGCAUUCAUUGAAAAUGAUGAUGUGGCUCCGGAUUAAGACAGACAUGGGUUCAAAUCCUGGUUCAGGCACUUCUAUGCUGUGUGACCUAAGACAAGUGAUUCCAUCUCUCUGAAGCUCAAUUCCCUCGCCUGAACAAAGGGAAAUGACAUUACCUAAAUCCAGGAGCCUUACGAGGAUUCAAUGAGAUUGUGCAUGUUCCUUGGCACAUAGUAAGAGCUCAAGGGCAGCCAGCUGCCAUACACCAAGCUCUGUUCUCAGUAUUUUCCAUACAUUAUGAGAAAGGCAUUAUUUUUUAUACUAAUUUUAAAGAAAAGGAAACUCGGAUGUAUACAGUUCAAGAACUUACCCCAGGCCACCAGCUAAGCAACUGGGAUGUGAUCCUCUGUCAGGCUGCAAAGCCCUCUGUCCGCUCUGCACCCUGCCCUGGAGCUGACGCCUGGGCUUCCCUGUCUCCAUCCACCCUCCAGCUCACAUCAUCUCUUUUUCUACCUGCUUCACCUUUGAGGUUGUCAGAGGCUCUUCCCAGGAGACACAUCACCUUUUAUUGCACUCGUCUGGGAGCCCAGCACUCCAUAAGCCACCCAUUAGAUGUAAUCUCUAAUGAAUGUGGUACAUAAUAAAUACAGGUAGCCCGUUUAUGAGCUGCCAUAUUUAUUAUGCCCCUUAAAUGCCAGAGAGCCAGAGCCAGCUGAAGCCGGAUCAGACCCUGGAGAACAGCUUUGCCUGGGCCCCCAGAGCCUGGCCCCCCUGCAGACUUCUCAGCAUCUCACUGGGGCCGCCCCUCCUGCCCUCUAAAAGCCCACCCAAGUCAGAGCCUGAUGGCAGGAACUGACAGCCCAUCAAACUCCAUCUCCAUCGUUCUGCAGAUGAAGGCACUGAGGCCAGAGAGAGGAAGUGACUUGCAGAGCUGGAGCUUGGGGCUCCAGACUCCCAGUCCAGUGCUCUUUCUGCCCUGCUGUCUGCCUGAACAGUGGUCCCUGGACCAGGUGGAGCACAGGAUCUGAAGUGAGCUGAGGGGCAUGCUUACAAGCUCCAGGAUGUUGGGCACCUUCACCUCCCUGAGGCUCAGUGUCCUCAUCUGUAAAAUGGGCACAGUGCUUCCUGCCUCAUGCGGUUGUUGAAAGAUUCAGGACAGUCACUUCAUGGAGCUGGAGCGUGGCUGGCAAAGAGUCGGUACUCAAUGAAUGUUCUUUCCUGUCCUCUUCCCCCUUUCCAAGGACGACAGGGUCUCAGCAGAUGUAUGGAGUUGCAUCAGCCAAGUGCCCAAGGGAGAGGGGGUCAGCAUGCCGUGCCUAGGGUGCAAGUCUUUGCCCUGGGGUCCUGAUCUCAUGGUCAGUGACUAUGUCAUAGCCCUAUGACUGUAAAGUUAGGUGUGUUCCUAGUAAGAGCUGUUCGCCCCACUCUGAACCAGGUGCCGUGGAGAGCCCUGACAUAGGACGUCUCAUUUAAUCCUCACAACGCACCAGGAUGCAGGUCCUAAAUGCCCACUUUCAGAUGAAGAAGCUGCGGCCCAAGAUGUUAAGUCACUUACCAAAGACACAGAGGUAGAGAGGUGUGACGAGCCAGGAUUGGAGCCCAGGGGGAGCACCAUGGAAGGCGACUGUCUGAGCUGCAUGAAGUAUCUGAUGUUUGUAUUCAAUUUCUUCAUAUUUCUGGGUGGGGCCUGCCUGCUGGGCAUCGGCAUCUGGGUCAUGGUGGACCCCACCGGCUUCCGGGAGAUCGUGGCCGCCAACCCCCUACUCAUCACGGGCGCCUACAUCCUCUUGGCCAUGGGGGGCCUGCUUUUUCUGCUCGGCUUCCUGGGCUGCUGCGGGGCCGUCCGGGAGAACAAGUGUCUGCUGCUGUUGUUCUUCCUGUUCAUCCUGAUCAUCUUCUUGGCGGAGCUCUCGGCGGCCAUCUUGGCCUUCAUCUUCAGGGAGAACCUCACCCGCGAAUUCUUCACCAAGGAGCUCACCAAGCACUACCAGGGCAACAACGACACAGACGUCUUCUCUGCCACCUGGAACUCGGUCAUGAUCACAUUUGGUUGCUGUGGGGUCAACGGGCCUGAAGACUUUAAGUUUGCAUCAGUUUUCCGACUCCUGACUUUGGAUAGUGACGAGGUGCCGGAGGCCUGCUGCCGGAGAGAACCCCAGAGUCGGGACGGGGUCCUGCUGAGCAGGGAGGAAUGCCUCCUGGGAAGGGACCUGUUCCUGAACAAGCAGGGCUGUUACACGGUGAUCCUCAACGCCUUCGAAACUUACGUCUACCUGGCCGGAGCCCUCGCCAUAGGGGUGCUGGCCAUCGAGGUAAGUAAAGGCCCCCGCUUCUGUGGCUCCUCAGAAGCAAGACAGACACCUACACAGGGUCUCAGGCAGAUCCCCCAUGGCCUGCACCCCCAGCCUGCCUCCGUCUCCAGGUCCUUAACCCAGGACCCAGUGGGUCCCCACUGCAGGGACGAUGGGCAGGUAAGCCCAGCCGUGCCUAUCUGCUGCCCGCGAGUCACCCUGGGACUCUGGACACAUCUGAGCAAGUCUGUGGGCAGUGGGCAUGGACAGGCCCUGAGAGUCGCUGCCCUCACCCCUACCCACGGUCCAGAGUGAACUCUGACUGAAGGAUCAACGCAGCUGAUUUCAGGGAGGGGCCACAGCCUGUGCUUCUAGAUCAGGCCCAUUCUCUGUGGGGUGUUCAGGGCCUGCGGGGCCUUGAGGACCUCACAAGCGCACGUUGAGCCCCAGAGGUGAAGACAGAAGGGCCCUGAGCCCCCUCAAACGUAAGGCAGCCGCAGACUCUUGGAGCCACCACUAGGUGGCGCUUUGGCCAAAGGGCAGAGCUGCCCCCUUCCCUUCCUUCUACCACCCUCUCCCGGAUCUCAAACCCGCUGCCCUGGGAGGUUGGACGGAGGGCUUUGCCCAGGCCCGCCCAUCUCAAGAAAGGGGCUGCCAGUCUUCGGCCAGUCAGGAAGUGAAAUCAGGCCACCCUAUCCUCAGCCUUCCCCCUCCCACCUGGCACCAUUAACAUGGUCUUGCUUAGCUGCUUACUGUGUCCUGCAGCCCUGCUUAGAGCAGUUUUGUGGAGACUUGAGGAUGGGGAGAGGGAGGGGUCAUUCAUUCAUUCGUUCUUCAAGCAAAGAUUGAGCCCCUACUGUAUGCCAACGCUAUUCUAGGUGAACAAGUCCUCUCCUAGGAGGAAACAAUGAACAAGAAACACAAAUCAGUACCAGACCCCCUGGGAAAACGCAGGCGUGGGUCCCCUGCAGGAAGAACAUGGGCUUCUAGAGUUCACCUUCCAGCUCUGCCUCGCCCCACGCACAGGAUGCCCGAGCCACAGUUUCCUUAUCUGCAACAUGGUGCUAAAAGCCUGCUCCUAGGGCACGGUGGGGCUUACAGGUGCCGGGGACUACGUGCCUGGCGUGUAAUAGGGGCUCGCUAAGCAAUGCCUGUGUUCCUGACCUACUGCCCUCACACCCAGCCCGCAAGCCCAGCUGUGGCCUCUGUGCCAGGCAGAAUGAUUCGGGGACCUUUUGCAAGAGCUCUGGCACAGGGGCAUCAGCCAGUCUGAAGAAAUGGGCAUCUCUGAGUCAGGGUCUCUACACACCCCACUACCCCAGGGCCCUUAGACAGGUGUUCAGUGAUUGUGCUCCUAGCUUGGAGAAGGGCUGCAUCUUCCUUGUCUAUUAGUAACAAUCCUGGUAACUUCUAAUUAAGCAUCUACAAUAUAACAGGGCUCAUUACAUCGUUAAUUGCCUUAGACUUCAAUCUCGCCUCCUUCCUGUGAGUUGGAAGGAGGCGAGUGCGGGGGCUAGGAGCAUGGUCUCUGGAGUCAGAAUACCUAGACUCCAAUCCUGGAUCCUCCAUUUGUAGCUGUGUGACCUUAGGUGGGUUACCUGACCUCCCUGUGUCUCACUUCCUGGUCUGUGAAAAUGUUUCUGAGACAGCACUUAGAACCGUGCCCAGCACAUGGUAGACUCUUGAUACAUACUCAGGCCCAGAGAAGGGAACUGAGUAUUGGCCCAAGUUUGCUGCUGGCAAAUAAGGGAGCUGGAUUUGAACCCAUGUCCAAGGCCCCUUUCUUUUCAUGACUACACGGCAUGAAGGGGACCAGUGACUGGCAAGAGGGGCUUGCCCUCAGGGCAGUGUCAGGAGUGCCAGCAGCAGGAGUGUUCUAAGAGUGAUGGGGGAGCCCCUUCCUGUCCCAGAGCAGACAGCCCCUUCUCGUUGGGGAGGGUCAGCCCCCUGGAGGGCUGUGAGCCCAGCCUGACAAGCAAACUCCUACUUUCUUUGCAGCUUUUUGCCAUGGUCUUUGCCAUGUGCCUCUUCCGGGGCAUCCAGUAGAGGGUGUGGCCUGAAGAUUGAAGACUCACCCCACCCACCACUGCCCAGCACCCAAUGCCCUCCCCUCCCCCUCGCCCCUGCCCUCUUGGCCCCGGGGAAGGAGGUGAGGCCAUGAUGAGUGGCUAGGAAAUGGGGCAGAGGAAAAUAGCUAUUUUUUUAACAAAAAAAAAUGAAGGCAAAACCAUGGACUGAUGUAGCCCAUCUGGACUCCGGAACGGGCGCCAUGGGGUUCUCCGCGGGGGCCCGGGCACCUGAACCCAGGAUGCAGCCUGCACUAGAGACCAAAGCAACACCAGGGCCAGGCCCCCUCCUUGGUGCAGCCAGAUCUGGCAGCCCGGGACCUGCGCCCUCAACUCACAGCUUCAGGAUCUGGUGCCAAGGAAGUAAUAAGGAUUUAGGCAAGAAGGAGGCAAAAGAAAAUUGUGGAGAAAGGUUGGCAAAGCCCACGGGCGCCGAGGAGACCUGGUCACCAUGUCCUUGAGGACGUGGAACCUACGUGGAGUCCCCGGUCCUCCGAGGAUGGAGUUGUCCCUGCCUCAGGCUGGGGCCAAGAGUGGGCUGCAGAUGCUGGGUCCAAGGAUGGCCCAGCCAGUAGGGUCCGUGCUUCCCCAUCUGUUGGAGCAAAUAAUCUGGAAAGCCCAGAGAGGAGCAGUUUCUCAUCCACAGUCACACAGCACGUGCGUGACAGUUCUGAACAAGAACCCCGCCAUCCCCAGGCUGCCUGUCACUCCUUCCAGGGUUCUGUUGGUCCCAGCAGACCUACUGCUCACACCCCUCCCUGGCCUCUGCAUCCUGGUUUCCCCAGAAGAGAGCGGGCAAGCUGGUCAGGAACUGCCUCUUCCCGGCUCCACAGCUAAGAAAAUUCUGGACUCUGCCCUCCCUGCUCUCCCUGCCACCUCCCCACACUUUUCUCUAAGUCCCAGGAACACACACACAUGCACACACACCACAGCCCGUUUUCUACACUGCCCACCUUUCCUCCACCAACUCCACCAAUUCCCUGGCCCCCAGCGCUGGAAGGAACCCCCAAGAUCAUCUGGUUCUCCUCUCCUCACUCAGAACUGCCACUCAGAUGUCUUCCACAAGAUCCCUGCCAAGACUUCUCCACCUUCUUCUUGCACACCUCCAAGGACGCGGAGCUUACUACCUCCCAAGACAGGCUUCUCUUUGGACUGCUCUGACUUUAACAUCAGCUCAAUACACGGAAGAGGUUCCUGUUUUCCUGUGGUUCUGUCCAUGGCAUCCCACUUGCUCUCCUUGAGCCCCGUUAUUUCCAGGCUAAAGAACCCCAGGGCACCUCAUCAUUUCUUCUGUGACACGGUUUUCCUGUCGCUUCGCUGUCCAUAGCACAUUUCUGAGUGUUUCCUCCAGGAUCUGGCAGGGAGAGGUUUCCCCACAGACUCACUCACACCCACACAGCACCCACAAAUCAGCCCCUCAUGUGCAGGUCUCAAAUUCUAGACCAGUGUUAGCAACUCUAUUGCAAGAUGCCUCGACCCUGAUCAAUCAGGAGUGGCUGCCAGAGGCUGUGCGGAGAACCUGAGGCUUGGUCUGGGCUCAGUGGGGGAGGACAGUGUAAUCUUGAUUAGUGAUGUCUGCCAAACAACUCAAGCUUGUUGAGGGAUGGGUGUGGAAGGGACAGUAUGGUGCCUGCUCUCCUCUCUUCAUUGUCCCUCUUCAGGGUCUGGGAAGAGCCCAUUCUAUCUCAAAGGCCCUGUGCCAGCUUCCAGCCUCCCCUCCAGCUUUCCAGCCACUGGGAGACAGAGCAGUGGCCUAGAGCCCAGCGCUCCCCUGCUCUGCCACCUACCCCCUUCUGAGAUGGGGCCGGAGCUCUGUGCCUGCUGUAAAGAUUUGGUUUGCCCCUCCCCCCAUUUCUCCCCUUCCCCCUUGCACUCUGCUGUCCUCACCAGUCCUGGCCCAUUGUGGGCUGGGUCUUUCCAGAUUGUCCCUGUAUCAGUCUGCCCUGGCAACUCCAUAAAUGAUGUUAUGAACUCCCUAGCGACUGGGCAACCCCAGGACCCAGGGGGCCGUGCAGCUUGUACCCCAGCGCAGGUCUCUAGACCACCCACAAAUUGGCUUCAACUUCCUGGCAGAGGCAAAGGGCUGGUGUGUGGUUGACAAAAAAAAAAAGAAAAAAAAAUCAGGCUGGCUAGGCAGGGCUUAGGGUCAAAUUGGGCAGCUGUGUGACUUCAGUCCAGGGGCGCCCCAGGCGUCAGGGCGACCCAUCUGGUCCCCACUGCCCAGGAGAAUCUGGGGCCUUCAAGGUAAGAAGAGCCGGGCAUCGGGCACCACCUCCUCCGGGCCCCCGAGAAGAAAGGCUGGUCGUUGAGGAACACCUGGGGGAGGCGGGUUUGAGGGCAGAUGUAAGACCCUAAUCCCCAAGGGCUCUCCAGAAAGGGGCCAAGGAGCCCUGAUCUGCCCCCGCUGACCACGUUCUGGGGCCGUAAAGGGGAAGCAGGCGUCUCUGCUCUGUAGCAUUAACGCAGGCUGGUAGCUAUUUGCAAGGCUCCCAGCGGCCGUUCUCGGGGACACGAGAAGGCAAAGGCCAGCAGCCACAGUCCCUAAUAGGUGCAGAUGGCAAUUUGGGGGCUGCUGGGGGAGGCGGGAGGGUAGGAAGUCUCUGUGCUGAGACUUCCUGACCCUGCUAACAGGCCAGGUGCCAGGGGAGACCUUGCACUUGGUCACAUACCCCGCCCAGCACCGAAGGCCACCUUCUCUGCUUAGUGGCUGGGCACUGGGGCCCCUCCCCAGCCUCCCUUGUCCCCUCUCUCCUCUCCAUGCCUAAGGGGCCCAGACAGAAUCCCCCAAACCGGCCGAGGCCCAGCACCCCCAUCUCCCUAGAAGCCCCCUCUUCCCCUCCCCGGUGGGUCCUAUGUCUAAAGUCUAUUUUGAAAACUAAGUGUUCCUUGCGGUAGGUAGCAGAGCUAAUUUAUCAAGUUUAUUUCCUGUGAGCCUCCCUUUUUUAUAUUCUAUAUCAAGAGGAGUUUUUGUAAUAUAAAGCAGGACGCCCACACUGAUGGUUUUGCACUGGUUUUUGUGACUGUUUCUU